AUGGCUCCUUUUCCAGAGUACCGACAUCACCACGACAGCCUGGGUGAGAUCAUCGGCCUCGCCAGAGGCGAUGAUGUCGUUCAGUUCCGGGGGCUUCCUUUUGCUGAUAUACCCGGACGCUUCAGGCAGUCUCAGCUGAGGGAAAGUUUGCCCCAACUUCCAUUUGAUGCAAGGCAGCCGGGGCCAUGCUGCCCACAGCCUGUCCUACCAUUCCCACCGUACUGGGACGGAGGCAUUCCUAACGACUGGCCGGUCCUCCAAGAACCCGUUCAAGACGAAUUUGCCUGCUUGAACUUGAGCAUCACCGUACCUCGUGUUGCAGUGGAGACUCCGUCCAGCUCAAAGCUUCCAGUCCUGUUCUUCAUUCAUGGCGGAGCUUUUGUGGGUGGCAGUCAGAGCAUCCAGGUCGCCGGACGCGAGAUCUACGAUGGUACCGAGCUGGAGCGCGCUGCGAUUGCUCGCGGGCAACCCCUGAUCAUCGUCACCUGCAACUAUCGUGUCGGGCCGCUGGGUUUCCUAGCUUCAAAAGAGCUGACAGCCUUCAAUCAGGCCCUUGGGGAGCCGGUCGGUAACUAUGGUCUCCAUGACCAAAGGCAGGCACUGGAGUGGUGCGCCAAGUUCAUUGCCGGGUUUGGAGGCGACCCCGACAACGUGACAAUCCAAGGCACAAGCGCCGGCGGCAGUUCUGCACACUACCUGACCACUUUUCCGCGCAGGAAAUUUCGAAGAGCCAUCCUCUCCAGCGGAACACUGACCGGAAUCGGGCCCAUGCCUGUGGGUUACCAUCAAUGGCGAUUUGACAAAUAUGUAGAGAGGGCUGGGUCAUCUUCUGGAGGGACCGAGUCAGACUCUGUUCUAUUGUUGCAGUCUUUGCCCAUCCAAGAUAUGGUUCGGCCGGUCACUCUUGACAUAUGCCAUCCGUUCAUUGACGGCGACUGGAUUGCGGGACAGCGGAUCAGCGAUAUCAAGGAUGUGUAUCAUGGAGACGCCCCUGAGUUAAUGGUUGGUUCUUGUGACUUUGAGGCCGAUUUGACUGAAGCGGUCAUGAUGGACUUCCUCACUGGCAAAGCCCUUCCGGACUCGCAAAUGUUAGCGAAGGCGAGCGACUUCUUCGUGUCAAACGGCAUGGUUUCUCACAUCAAAUCGUUUCCUUCCGGCUUUCAGGAUAUUGUGGCAGCCUACAAACUCACCGGGGCGCUUGAAACUCCCUCUCGGGCACUCCAGGAAUGGGCGCAGCUCCUGGCCGACAUUGCAUUUCGCCUUCCUGCUCUGCACAUAGCCCUGAAUCAUACCGCGAGCGACGUUCUUGUGUACAACUUACGGUUGAGUAACCCGUAUCCGAAAUGGGCACUUUCAUACGGAAAAUCAAACCAUGCAGUGAACGACCUGUUUGUCUUCAACGUGGCGCAGGACCAGGUCCCUGAGGAACUAGCUGUUCGCCACGCUCAGAGUGUGGGCCAGAUCAGGGGCGCGUGGCUAGACUUCUGCUAUGGAAAGCAACCUUGGAAGCCGAUGAAGAGAGACAGCAGCAGUUUUGGCCCCUUGUUUAAUUUUGAGAACGGGCCAACUGGGAGGGAGGCAGAGUCGCUCGAACAAGCUAUCGGUGCCGAACUUGCAUCUAGAUGGAGAAUGAUUAUGGACCGUGUGGAACAGGAAACUUGA